UCAAACUCGAAUCAGUUAUCUUCGUCAUUCAGCAGCACACGCCUGUCCCUACCAACUUGACACUUUUGCCACUCACUCUUUUAGGGUGACUAAACAUCUGAUUCUGAUAUCAGUUAAGCAGUUAUCUCUUAAUAAAUAUUGAACACGCCAACGCCGUCCAUUAGCCGUGGGUCCCUUGGGGUUUGAUUCAUGCCGGACAGCCUUCACUGCACCCUGACAUCUCACUCUUCACAACGUCCCUCCCUCACUUAUCACGAUAGUCACUACACAUCUCCACGGUUUGCUUCCGGAACAAUGUCUAGAAGUGGUUGACGACCACAACUUCGGGUCAUCAAUAAAAGCUUCGGAUAUCGGACAUCCGUGCCUGCUCUUUCUCCACACCUGACGAUCUGCUUAGCGAUUGACAUUGCCCCCCAGCACCAAUCUGCCUACCCUUGCUUCUGCUUUACCCUCUCUCCUCUUCGCCCUCUUCCACACACAGGCCGCCCAAGAUGUCACAGACUGUGUUAAUGAAGGAGUACAAGGCUCUGGCCAAAGAGAAAUGGGUACAGAUCGACGUCGACGAGGAUAACAUUUACCACUGGAAUCUAGCCCUCAUGGUCCUGAACCCUGACUCACUCUAUUAUGGAGGCUACUUUAAGGCUCAGAUGACUUUUCCCAAAGACUACCCCUACAAACCUCCGGACUUCCGUUUCGUCAAACCACUAUGGCAUCCCAAUGUCUACAUCGACGGCCGUCUCUGCAUCUCCAUUCUCCACGCCCCUGGCGAAGACAUGAUGUCCGGUGAAAGCGCAGGGGAACGUUGGUCACCAGCCCAACGUGUCGAAUCCGUCCUCAUCUCCAUCCUAUCCCUCCUCGACGAUGCCGAAAUCUCCUCACCCGCUAAUGUCGAUGCCAGCGUCCAGUUCAGAGACGACAAAGAAGCAUACAAAGAACGAGUCAAGCAAGACGUGGAAGCGUCAAAGAAAGACAUCCCCGAAGGAUUUGUGUUGCCCACCCACGAGUCGACCUUACCAGUGGUGGAAAAGUUGGACGAUGAUUUCUGGAAUGACAGUGACGCCGAAGAGGUCGAUUUCGAUGACUUUGGUGACUUUGACGACGACGCCGCGAAUGGAAGUGAAUCCGAUGCGGCUCUUAAUGUCGACUCGGAGGACGAAGAGAACUAUGAAGAGGAGGAUGACGAUGAUACCGAUCACGCCAAAGAUGUGAAAGGAAAGGCCCGCGAGGAUCGGUUGGACUCUGAAAUGACAGAGCCAGACGAUUAUUGAAUAUGAGUCUUUCUGGUCCCGCGAGCUUACCACUCAUGUCUUUUCACCCACAUUCACAUAUAACCUGCAUUGCCUGUGGCAAGUGUGCAUGGUGGGUCAUUAUGGGCGUUAAGGGCUCAGCAUAGGAAUGGUUCGGUUCGGCAAGACCAAGGGUUCCAUCCAUCUCGAUCUAUGGUUGAGCGAGGCGUACGGCGUUGGGAUUUUGCCUGAUAGGCGAUUGAGGAAUUUUGAGCUGCAUUGCAUUUCGUCUCUUUGGCAUCGACUGAAAUGACCACAACAAGUGGGCAUUUCUUACCCAAGUGGCAAGGGGGAUUUGGGACUGCUGAGGGCAUGUCCAUUAAUAUGUCUGCAAAGCCAGCAUUUAGCUAAACGCACAGAUAUCAUGCUUUUGCACACUAUCCCAAGUUAACAUUGCAUUCAUUAUCUGAUGGCAGGCUGUCCGCUCUACAAGCUUGCCCUGCUUCCGUUGUCUUCUACCUCGUGGACUAUCUUCAUGAUCUCUUCCACACAUCUCUCCGGCUGCUCCUGGUUGACCCAGUGACCUGCACCAUCCACCAGAAUGGUGCCGCGGUAGCAACCUUCCUUGACACUUUUCCCUUGUUCCAUGGCCUCCACAGCGCCAGGUUCUUGAAACGUGCCCCAAUCGCUCUUGCCCGCAACGAAUACAGUAGGGACAGAGAUCUUGCGUGAGGCCCACACAUCUACGUCAGAGGCAAUCUCUGGCUGUGUCUGCACACGAUACCAGUUCAGGCCGCCCUGGAACGAAAUCCUAGACCAUUCAUCGACAUAGACCGCGAGUUCGUGGUCAGGGAGCCAACGAGCGGCACGGGUAGCGACUUGAUCCGGGUUUUCCUCCUUCAUGUCACGAGCGACGGCUUCGCGCAUAUUAUCGGCAAGAUCCAUGAUGUAAUACCGGGGCAUCAGGGCCAGUUCUUCGGCAGUCCAUCCCUUGAGAGGGUGUGGGGCGUUUGUGUCCCAGUCGGCGGAUUUCAAAUGAAAGUAGCCUCGGAGAAAGGUGUGCAGAGCCUGACCGGUGGGAUUGGUCAUGUCAUUGUUGGAGGGAGAUGUGCAGUAGUACCAUUUGUAGUGUUUUCUAGGGCGGGGCAGUUCCGCAAGGGCUUUUUGAAUGUCGAUGGACGGUGGCGGAGGUGAUGCGGCGGUUCCAUAGGAUGGCGAUGUGGACAGUGGAAUGUGUCGAGGUCCUUUGGUCGGGUGC